CCGAACGGAUGUAACGUAAGUGGUUGCCGCCGAUGACUCCUGUUCCUCCGUCUGACGUAAAAAUGGCGACCACCUUGCGUCUCCUCGCAUCCAGCGGGAAAUGUUUGGUACGCAGGUCUUUGCUGGAGGAAAGUCGCCUGGGCAGACUCGCUGCCGGACCACACAGACUCUUGGCAACACAGGCUGCUCACCAAGUGGCUUUAAAUGUCCCUGAAACGAAAGUAACCACUUUAGAAAAUGGGCUGCGUGUGGCUUCCGAGGAUUCUGGCCUUUCAACGUGUACAGUGGGCCUCUGGAUCGAUGCCGGCAGUCGCUACGAGAAUGAGAGGAAUAAUGGCACAGCGCAUUUUCUCGAGCACAUGGCAUUUAAGGGAACCAGGAAGCGGUCCCAGCUGGACCUAGAAUUAGAAAUUGAGAACAUGGGGGCACAUCUAAAUGCAUACACGUCCCGGGAGCAAACUGUGUACUAUGCCAAAGCCUUCUCCAAGGAUCUCCCAAGAGCUGUGGAGAUCUUGGCAGACAUCAUCCAGAACAGCAUGUUAGGUGAGGCCGAGAUCGAGAGGGAGCGAGGUGUAAUCCUCCGAGAGAUGCAGGAAGUGGAGACUAAUCUGCAGGAAGUGGUCUUCGAUUACCUGCAUGCUACUGCAUACCAGGCCACGGCGCUGGGCAGAACCAUCCUGGGUCCCACCGAGAAUAUCAAGACGAUUAAUAAAGGAGAUCUGGUAGAGUACAUCACUGCGCACUACAAAGGUCCUAGAAUAGUACUGGCUGCUGCUGGAGGAGUUUCUCACAACGAGCUCAUCGAUCUGGCCAAGUAUCACUUUGGAAAGCUUCCUGGCAGUUAUGAGAGUGAUGCACCGACACUGCCAUCGUGUCCCUUCACAGGAAGUGAGAUUCGGAUACGUGACGACAAGAUGCCUCUGGCUCAUAUCGCCAUCGCUGUGGAGGCCGUUGGAUGGUCACACCCUGACACCAUCCCGCUCAUGGUGGCAAACACACUUAUCGGAAACUGGGACCGCUCUUUUGGUGGAGGAAAUCUGUCCAGUAAACUUGCUCAAAUGGCGUGUCAGGGAAACUUGUGCCACAGCUUCCAGUCCUUCAACACCUGCUACACCGACACUGGCCUGUGGGGGCUCUACAUGGUGUGUGAGCCCGGCACCAUCAACGAAAUGAUGCACUUCACCCAGCAACAAUGGAUGUCACUUUGCACCAAUAUUAGCGAGAGCGAGGUGGCUCGGGCUAAAAAUCUUCUAAAGACAAACAUGCUUCUGCACCUGGACGGAUCCACUCCCAUUUGUGAGGACAUUGGCAGACAGAUGUUGUGUUACAGUCGCAGGAUACCUUUGCAUGAACUUGAGUUCCGCAUUGAUGCUGUUGACACUUCUACCAUCAAGGAUGUUUGCACCAAACAUAUUUUCAACAAAGCUCCUACCAUUGCAGCCGUUGGUCCCAUUGAACAGCUUCCUGACUACAAUCAGAUUCGCAACGGAAUGUUCUGGAUGAAGACAUGAGCAGAUUUCAAAAUGUAUUAAAGCAAACAGCAUUUCAGUCCAUAGUAUGUUUUUUGUUGUCUUUUUAAUGGUUUUACUAUAAAAUAAAGACCAACACAAUACAGAUACCAUGACAAA